AUGCAAUCGCUGCCCACAUAACACGGAAAUGGAAUUUGUUCCAACACCGCUGGAAUUUGAUGUAUCCCCAAAUUUCGGAUUUCUUCCAGAGAGGGAACCUCUACAAUGCUUGCCAGAAUACUUCUCUCCAUGGGAAAAAUUAGCCAGAAAUUUACCUCAACUGGUUAAAGAGGGAGAAUUUUUUCGUCAGCAGAUCAAACAACUCCCUUUGUUGGACCAUAACAAACUUUCAUCAGAAGAUGAGUGGAAGAGAGCUCAAUUAGUUCUUACAUGCAUAUCCCAUGCAUAUGUAUGGUGCAAAGGAGAGAGGGGUGUUGCCAAGAUUCUUCCAAAGUCAUUGGCUGUUCCUUGGGUUUCAGUGGCUAAGCAUCUAGAUAUUCCUCCUGUGUUAACACACUCAACAUUUGCACUUUAUAAUUGGAGAUAUAUUGACCCCAAACGGCCUUUCAGCAUGGAAAACAUUGAGCUUUCAGUUAAUAUCACUGGAUCACAGACAGAAGAAGGGUUUCUUAAAGUUCCUCUUCAGAUGGAGGCAGAGUUUGGAAAAGGAUGCUUUAGCAUUACCAGUGGACAAAAGGCUGUUGUAAAUAAUGACACCGAAGGGGUGUUGAAAGCCUUGAUGUCAUUAAAAGAAACAAUAGUCCAGCUUAAGAAAUCAUUUUUACGUAUUUAUGAUGUUUGUGAUCCUGAGGAAUUUUACAAUGAACUGAGAAUAUAUCUUUCUGGGUGGCUUAACAACCCAGCUUUACCAGAUGGCCUUAUUUAUGAAGGUGUUAGUGAGAUGCCUUUGCAAGUAAGUUGUUUAUCUUGCCUAUUUUCUGACAUCGUUCAAAAACUGAAUAUUUUUUUUCUGAUCUUGAUUUGCUCACAUUCAGAAUCAAGUUCAGGUGGUCAGUUUUUAGAAAGAAUGUGUUACUACAUGCCACCUAAACACCGUGCAUUUAUAGAGGCUGUGGCAAAAGGGCCAUCAAUCAGAAACUAUGUCUUUGCAAGUGGAGACCCUGAUCUCACUAGGGAGUAUGAUCUCUGUGUGGGAAAAUUAACAGACUUUAGAAAUGUGCAUUUACAAGUUGUAGCCAGAUACAUCGUUAUUCCAUCAAACAGAGGAAAAGAUACAAAGCAGAAGGGAAAGGCCUUGAUUGGCACAGGAGGGUCCGAUCUUAUGUCCUUCCUGAAGCAGAUUCGAAAUGAAACUGCCAGAACUGUUAGUUGUAAUAACAAUAUUGGAAGAGAUUCCUCUCUUGAACUACAAAAGGAAUUAGAUGGAGUGUCAGAUAAUACACUAAUUAAUGAUGUGUGAUGAUGACUUGCAAGCUGACAAGUCUAUCCAGCUUUUUGAGUGGUAAGCCCUGACCAUGGGAGACUUCCACAACCAGGAUGUACUUCAAAUUCAAAGUCAAGACACUGACCAGACUUUUUUUUACCCUUUUUGAGUAAUGUUUUUGGAUAACAGAAUGCAAAUUAGUUUAUUGUGUUGUUGUUUUAUAUUUUAACAAGGAGAGAGGUGAAAUCUAGAGAGCAGAUUUUCAAUUUGAAAUUUCAUUUUUUCAUUUUCCUUCAUUUCAUUUUUUUCAUAUUGUUUAAGUUUAAAUGACACUUUCAAGUUAAAAUUAGUUUGUAUGUAUCAAGGUAUUAUUAAGCUUUUUAUGAAAGAAAUGGUUUCAACUUGUUAAGCAAUCCUCAUACCGGCUGAAUUUUCAAAAAUUCCAAGCGAUUUUAGGCAAGAAUAAGAGGUACAACAGGCAGUAAAUUGAACAGGUUACCACCUGAAAAAAUAACACAUUGGAAGUAUGGGGAUAUUUAUAGGGGACAAAUUUCUAUCUGAGUGGCCAAAAAAAUCUACUACCUCAAUUUUGAACAGUGACCAACAGUG